CCACCGAUCGCGUCUCGUCCGAGGGUUCUGCUCGCCGUCCGCCCCGCAUUCCCGCAAAGUUCCGUGUGGAUUCGACAGAUAGUUUUUUUUUCCCUCCCGAAAUUGACGCGAUUUUUUUUCCAUACGGGCGACACGUUGGAUUUCGGAAAACACGCAGUUACACGUAACCCGUCUGUUGAUAUUAAUAUGUGCCUAACGACCGGCGUCGACGAAAUGGACGAAAAUAUAUCUUCGACGUCCUGCAGCAAGAAAACCGGAGGAAAACUCAUCGAGCCCCGAAAGGUACACACGUUCGCGUUUGCGGGUUUUCUUUCAUUUUUUUUUUUCUGUGUCCCGCGCGGCCCGCUCGGGACGGGUUUUUCCGGAGGUUCGGACCCCCCCCCCCUUGUACAUAUAUAUAUAUAUAUAUACGAUAGUCGUCGAUUCGAGUAAACCGGCGAUAAAAAAAAAAGUAAAAUAAUAUGCGACGGAUAAUGCGUUUUUUUACUAUACGACCCCAAAUACCUCCCCCCCGAAAUUUUGUCCAAAGUUCGCCACCAACCUUUCCCGCGGGGAUUCGGUACCGGUCACCGUUAUAAUGGCGUUAUUAUCGUAUAACUGAUCAACGACCGCGACGAUGGUGUAAAGAUUAUUUAUUUUAUCCGUUUUUGUGUUAUUCAGAUACGGAAGCCGAUGAUGGAGAAGAAACGACGGGCGAGAAUAAAUCAAAGUCUGGACGAACUCAAACGUAUCGUGGUGCAAGCCGAGAAAUGCGUAAGUCGGACGAACUAAUAAUCUACCGUUUCGUAUGUAUAUCGUCAGAGGGUAAAUCGGCGUUUAUAAUAUUAUGCGCACCAGUGAAUCCAGAUAUUUUUUUUUAAAUUGGAGGGGGGAGGGCAUUAUAUUAUUUAUAUUUUCAGUAAAUUAACUAUAAAUUGUGCUUAUAUAAAAUUAUAAUUUACAAUAUUUAAAUUAAAAAACUGUAGCCCAUUGACAUGGGGGCACGGAUCAGCCUCUGUGUACACCGGACUCCAGAAUGUUACGACUUUCAACGAUAAUCAAGAUUUCCUUUAAAAAUACAUUUGUACGCCGAUUUCCGUUGGCGAUUUACCCUCUGCGGGUUAUAUAAAUACAGCUUAGCGUGAGAGGGGGGGGGGUGUAAGUGCGAGAGGUGCCCCACGGCGCACUGUGCCUAAGUGUACAAUCCUUCCCUCAAACGGUGGCGUACCGGAGGGGUAUUAUUGAAAACUUAGAAUUGAGGAUUUGGCCGUCGAAAAUAAAAAAAAAAACAAGUACCUACUUACUCCGAUCGUAAAAUAUUUAAAUUAAUUUUUCACAAACGUCGAAAAAAUUAUUUUCAAUUAGACACGUUUUAUAUUAUACCUAACCUAACCUAACCGUAUUUUUUUGAUUUUUCUCCAGUGGCCAGCCAACUAGGAGUAAAAAAACAACAAAAAUAUCGGAAAUGAAACAUACCCCCCCCUCUUUUCGCCCCUUUCGUAACUUUAUCGGCAUGCGCGGACGAUCGACUACGUCCGCUAUACGUAAUUGUAAUAAUAACAUUAUUCAACUAAUACGAAUAAUUUUAACGAUUUAAAACAAAUAAAAAAAAAACUAUCUAGUCAAUAAUACACCGUCGGUAUCGAAAGAGUUUAUACGAACCAAUGAGUGUAGGUACUCGUACUGUUUUAGUUUUCAAUCGUACCGCGAGCAUCACAAUUUUACGCAGAUUUUUAAAUAUUUUUCUAGCCGAAUAUCCCGGGUCUAUCUUUUCGAAAACGGCUAUCAACAAAAUAAAUUCAAUUUAACGACACUUUCCGCUUUCACCCCCAUCCCUAUCACAAUUUUAUUGAUCGCUGUUACACGGCAAUUUAAAAAAAAAAAAAAGAGUACCCGUACUCCUUGUCUAUGACGAGCAAAUUAAAUUAUUAUUAACUGUUUUUCUUUUUUAUCCGUGUCGCCAAGGUACCUACCCCUAAAUCAACAAAAAAAUUAAUUUUCUUUUCGAAAAUACCAAAAACUUCGUGUCAGUCGCUCUUUAUUAGGGAUUGGUUUAUGCGUAUGGCAUACAAAAAAAAUUGUCAACCAAAUAACCUUGGCAUUUGAAUAACGAAUCCCACAAUCGCAUAACUGUUAUUGUAAUUUGUAUUAAAAAUCGAAAAAAAAAAUAAUAAAACCGAAAUCUAAUAUAAUUUCUAAAAUAUAGUAGGUACUUUGUCAAAAAUGAAAUAAAACCGCAUAUUUCGUCAUUAUUGUUUGCGAUUCGGACAAUGCUGUAAGAAAUGCUUAACAAAUGUCCCCCUUUGCAGAAAAAAAAAAAAAAAAGUAUGUCCCAGCUAUACAGAGUGGUUAAUUAAGGUUACCCGCUCAAUUUUGGUGGUAAAUUAUGCAUAGGUAUAUAAUAAAACAAUUCUGAUGUUAGGAAUUUUUAAACAUAGUAAACGACGUUAUUUUUGUAUAUUUCGAUUAUUUUUUUUUCAACAUUUUACGGCACUAUUCAAACACCAGGCGCUGUUACGCUACACAAAUCAUUAUGAUCCAUUACUCAUCCCUAGCUUAAACUCAAAAGUGGACUAUAUGAAAUUUUCAAUUUAUGCCUAUAGGUUUUCAUUUGAAAAACCAAAGUUGGUAUUGCCAACCGGAUAGGCACUUGAAUUGUGUGGAAAAUCUAAAUAAGUGUACGAAAAUAUCGUCUUCGACCACAUAAAAAUGCCCAAAAUCAGAAUAUUGGCGUGUGUGCAUAAUUUACCCCUGAAAAUGGGGCGACCGUGCUUAAUGAAUCGUGUGCACGUUCAAAAUUCCUAACCGUUUUAUCUGUACGGCAGGUACCUGCGUAUAAUGCCGCCCCGCGACCACCUGUUGACGGUAGGAAAAAUAUACAAGUGCGCAUUAAAGUCUGUUGUUUUACGUACAAUUCGCAACACUAUAGAGGCGGGAGUUCGGCGGGUGGGCAAGUUGGAUUAUUUUCCCUCAAAUACGCACCCUCUCUCCCCCCAACCAAAAAAAAAACCACGGUUAACCGGCUAUAAGUAUCGCCGAUCUACCUGGCCGGUCUUCGGCCUCGGCAAUAAAAUAAACUGUUGUUGUUUGUUUGCGCAGUCCGGACAAGACAUGACCAGAGCGAACAAAUUGGAAAAAGCGGACAUUCUGGAGCUGACGGUCAGGUACCUGAAACGGAAGUCGACGGUUCCGCCGACGACGACCACCACCAACCCCCCUGAGGUCGCGGACGUAUACCUGGCCGGGUACAAGCGAUGUUUGGGACAGGUCCGGGAGCUUUUGGCGGAACAGUGGACGGACGAACAGCGCAGGUUGUCCGGGUGCCGGAUGGUCGAACACCUGGAGGCGUGCGUACAGCGGCUGGACUUGCCGCCGCCGUCACUGGCGCCCCGAGACCCGAGACUGUCGACGUCUUCCGACGAAUUCUGCCACCUCGAAUCGCCGGUCGCGGCGAGCACGGCGACCACCACUGACGACGACGAUUACGACGAAGAAGAACGAAGGCCUCCUCCUACUACUCCUCCCGUUAACACGGCCGCCACUGCCGCCGUCGUCGCCACCCGCACCACAGAGUUCCGCGACGUCGCCCAAAAGGCCACAUGGAGACCUUGGUGAACAAGGUUUCGUCGUUUUGGCUACAUUACCAUAUCGUUUUUUAGUGCUAAGG